GUGGUGCCUGUCAUGGCCGCUUCCGUGUCCCGGAGCGGCGUGAAAGCCAGGGUCCUGUUGCAGGCUGCUAGGGGCGCCUGGUGGAGCAGACCAGGGGGUUGUUCGGGGUCCGAGGAGGCAGCGGCGCCAGCGACAACGAGGAAAUUCCGGACGACAGGCUCACGCCCGGCGGGAGAAGAGGAGGCCGGGGGCCCUGAGCGGCCCGAGGAUGUGGUGAAUGUAGUGUUCGUAGACCGGUCUGGCCAGCGGAUCCCAGUGAGCGGCAGAGUUGGGGACAAUGUUCUCCACCUGGCCCAGCGCCAUGGGGUGGACCUGGAAGCGAGACUCCACUUCCUGCCCGCAGGGGCCUGUGAAGCCUCCCUGGCGUGCUCCACCUGCCACGUGUACGUGAGCGAAGACCACCUGGACCUCCUACCCCCUCCUGAGGAGAGGGAAGACGACAUGCUGGACAUGGCUCCCCUCCUCCAGGAGAACUCGCGAUUGGGCUGCCAGAUCGUGCUGACGCCAGAGCUGGAAGGGGCUGAAUUCACCCUGCCCAAGAUCACCAGGAACUUCUACGUGGACGGCCAUGUCCCCAAGCCCCAUUGACAUGGGCAGCUGGACUGUAAGGGACUGCCAUGGCCCCAGAGCCAGGACUGAAGGAAUAGCCAAGCUGCCAGCCCCGCCCAGAGCACGGGCAAGCCCGAGAGAGACGGAGAAGCACCUGCGCAGGCCAAAGCCCCUGCUUGGGAGAGAUCCGUGUCCAGGCUCUGGUGGGGACAGGGCCCCUACUGGGGUGGCCUCCCCCAAGACCCUGGGAGUCAGGAUGUGAAUAGAGAUGGAUGGACCUUAAAUCAGAUCUGCAAUAAAGCUGUGUUACAGACCU